CCUUCAGGCCCCGCCCAUCCCCCCUGUCCCGGCAAGCCCCCUCCACCCGCGCCUGCGUGGACCGCACUGCCAGGCUCUGUCAACCAUGGUGAACCUGGGCCUGUCCCGGGUGGACGACGCCGUAGCCGCCAAGCACCCGGGAUUGGGAGAGUAUGCCGCCUGCCAGUCGAAAGCCUUUAUGAAAGGCAUUUUCACCUUUGUCACAGGCACCGGUGCGACCUUGGGCCUGCAGAUGUUCCUUCAGAGGAAGUUUAAAUACCCCUUUCAGUGGAACGUUCUAGGGGCCGUGGUCAUAGGCUCCGUGGCCAGCUACUGGGUGACCCGAGUGGAGACACAGAAAUGCAGCGACCUCUGGCUCUUCCUGGAGACUGGGAAGCUGCCCACAGACACGGGCCCAGAUCAGCGCUCCCGGAAGAGCUCCAGUCACAGUGCACAAGACCUGGGCCAGUAGAGUUCCAGAACACAGCCCUGAGUGCCUCCACACCCCGGGCCGGCCCUCCCCGCUCCAUAGUUCCUCGCCACACCCGAAGGUGCCCCAGCUGUGCCCCUGCACAGACACAUGGCCAGGUCUGCCCAGGAGGUCACACCAGAAAGGGCUGUUUUUGGACUGGCCUCCUGUAGGGCAGCGAGAAGCAUGGUGGACACGAAGCCAGACAGCAUCCUGGCUGGCACCACGCACAGCUCUGGGUGCUGCCCUCCCUGGUGCAUGGACAUUCCCUUUCCAGUCCUGCAUCCCCCACGGUUGGCGGUGACAGAUGCUGCUGGGCUUGUGGAACUAAUAAACGCCUUGCUCUUUUUGCCACCUAA